AUGUCGCAGACCGAUCAGCAGAGGCAGGACAGCCUCGUCGUUCUUUCCAUCGUUCUGACAACACUAUCUACAUUCAUUGUUGCGGUGCGAUCAUUAAUACGCUUCGUCAUCGUACGGAAGCCCGGGUACGAUGAGUACACCAUCAUCGUGGCGCUGUUGUUCACCAUAGCCUACAUGAUCGAGAUAUUGAUCCUGCGGGCGAACCACGUUGGGUUCCCGGCUUCAACGUUGACUACGGACAACAUGUUGGGAAUCCUGCGGACGACAUUGGCCGUCGAAGUCACCUACUACCUCAUUGUCGGCUUCAUCAAGACAUCUAUUCUAUGCAUGUAUCUCAGGUUUGCGGUAUCUGAAAUCUUUCGUUAUCUGUGCUACGGCACCAUCGUCUUUCAACUGGCGUUCACAGCUAUUUGUCUCUGCGUGACGUUUGGCCAAUGUCAGCCACUGAGCAAACUGUGGGACCUCACCAAAACACAGCCAGGCUCUUGUAUCAACACAACAGCAUUUUUCUACUCGACUUCAGGCGUCAACAUCAUAACGGACUUUUGGAUAAUAGCACUCCCCAUCAAGACGUUGAAUGGAUUCAAGCGGCCCCUGCAGGAGAUCGCUCUCGCUGGCAUUUUUGGCGCCGGUGUCUUCGCUGCCAUAAUGUCGGUCGUGCGCUUGCAGAGCAUUUAUACGUAUACGUUGGCCACCGACCCCUUCCGCGAUGCAAUUGCAGUAAAUCUCUUCUCACAAAUAGAGAUCAACACUGCCAUCCUCUGCGCCAACGUUCCAGCGCUGAAGCCAAUAUUCACACCGCAUCGCCUGCAGGAGUUCAGGAACGGGAGGAAAUACCAGCACCGUCCCCAGGACGAGUUGGACUCCGAGAGCCAGAGGAGCGCCUUCAGUAGAAAGAGGUCGCACCCGGAACUAUAUCCAGACACCUUCGACCUCACAAAGCUGUCUGCUUCCGACCGUAGUUCGACAGCAUCGCUCGGCGGCACCGACAAGAAAGAAGUCGUGUUCAACAAGGUAUGGUUCCCGCCGAACCCGAAGCUCGACGAUGCGCAAGACGAGGCAACCUUUGAUCUGCCAACCCAAAAGGCUUUCCAUCCGGUAUGA